AUGGGCGUGCAGGGCCUCAUCACUUGGGUAAAGAAGACACGGCCAGAGCUCCUCACUUCCCUGCCAGAGCGCUACGCAUCCCCUACCAUUAGCGGCAAGCGCAUCGCACUAGAUGCAACGCUCAUCACCAACAAGUUCCACUUUGCCGACAAGUCAGGUGGCCAGAGCCGGCGGGCAGCCCUGCACGGAUGGUACGGGCUCAUCAAGCAGAUGCGCGCGCAGGGCGUCCUCCCCGUCGCCGUGUGGGACGAGCGCGGAGACCGCGAGUGGAAGGCGCCCGAGGCGCGCCGCCGGCUCCAGGCCCGCGCGCUCGUGUACGCCCGCCGGCUGCACGAGGACCGCCGGCGCGCACGGCUCGACCGCCUGCUUGUCGAGUUUGAUCUGCUCGCGGGGCUGACGGCGCAAGAGAAGGCCGUUGUCCAGCGGGGCUGGGCCACGGGGUUCGCGCCGUCGCCGUCGUCCCAUGACCCAGCGGCGGCGAUCAAACCCCACCUGGAAAGCAGCACGAUCAGCUCCCAGUUGCCGGGCGCGUCCGCACCCGGCCCGGCUGUGCUAUCGCCCCAUGCCAUGGUCACCGCGUUUGUCAGCGGGCGCACGGCGGCCCAGCUCGCCCGGCUCCACGCCCUGCGGGAAGACUACGCCGCGGAACUGAACCCCGAGGCGAGGGAGACGUUACUAGAAGCGUACGACAGCGAGACGGCCGCGAUCCAGCAGAUCGGCGGGCCGUGUGGCGAUAUCGGCCGGCUGACCGGCACACUCGCCGACGCGGACACGGAUGUCAUCGACGCGCGGUUCGAGAGCCUCGCCCCGGCCACAGCCUACUCUGAGACGCCACGCCAGCAGGCGCUGACCGACCAGGAGGGGGAGGUGUGGGCGAACUUGUUCGCCACUGAGCCUGCCUUGUCCCCCGCCGCACUGCGCACCGCCACCAAGACCACGCGCCGCAUGCUCACACAGGCGUCCACCGUCGCGGGGACGUAUGCGCGUGCGCUCAACUGGCCCCUCGCCGACGACCACCAGGCGUGCUGCGAUCUCCUCCUGCUUAUGGGCGUGCCCGUGCUCACAGCCAAUAUCCCGUACGAAGCGGAGGGGCUGGCGGCCGCGCUGGCGAACGCCGGAGCGGUCGACUACGUGGGGUCAGAGGACUCGGACGUGGUGGUGUACGGGGGUCCGCUCCUCCGCAACGUUGCCACCGCGUCCGAACCUCUUGUUCUCGUCUCCGCGGGGCUCGACACGGCGCUCGGCCUCCCCCGAGCGGCAUUUAUCGACUUUUGCAUCCUGCUCGGGACGGACGCGAGCCCCCGCAUUCCAGGCGUGGGGCCGGCGCGCGCGCUGCCCUUGAUCAAGAAGUAUGGUUGCAUCGAGGGCAUGCUGGCCGCCGAGCCCGAGAUCGCAGAGCGCAUCGACGACCUCGAUGCGUUCCUGCAGCUCGUGGAGAACGCUCGCGUGCUCUUCACCACUGUCCCGCCCCUGCCGGACGGCAUCGAGUUUCAGCAGGGCGCGUACGACGAGGCCGAGGUACUCGAGUGGCUGCGGGAGAACGGCGUCGUCGAGCCUGACCGCCCGGCGCGCACGUGGUCCUGGUCCGCGCCCAUCGAGGAGAUGCCAGAGCACAAGAAACACGAGACUUGGGACGAGAGCUGGGCCGUGCCGACCGAGUCACGGCGCGAGCCCGUCAGCUGGGAAGAGAUGGACGCGGCGUUGGCGUCACACAGAUAG